AAGAAAUGCUGAGAAAUAAAUAAAACUUUCCUCUUCUACCUUGGACAUUUAUCAUGGGUAUCGGGAAGUCUAAAGUAGGGAUCUGCCCUUUUUCUCUCUCUUGGGGUAAAAGCCACAGUGUGGAUACAAGUCAAGAUCAUUGUGAGUCAGASCCCAAGAAAUUGGAAGUUAUCUCCUUGGGCGAUGUUGUGGAGCAGAACAAUACCACAGAGGAGCAAAUAGAUGGGCAGGAAGGAGCUGAGGCAAGGGAAGAAAUUCCUGAAGAAGAAGCAGAAGAAGAGGUGUUCCUUAAAUUUGUGAUACUGCAUGCAGAAGAUGACACAGAUGAAGCCCUCCGGGUCCAGAGUCUGCUACAAAAUGACUUUGGUAUCAAGCCUGGAAUCAUCUUUGCUGAGAUGCCAUGUGGCCGACCACAUUUACAGAAUUUAGAUGAUGCUGUCAAUGGGUCUGCGUGGACAAUUCUAUUAUUGACUGAGAACUUUUUAAGAGAUACCUGGUGUAAUUUUCAGUUCUAUACAUCCCUAAUGAAUUCGGUGAACAGGCAGCACAAAUACAACUCUGUCAUACCUAUGCGGCCCCUGAAUAGUCCCCUUCCCCGGGAAAGGACUCCCUUUGCUCUGCAAACCAUCAACGCUUUAGAGGAAGAAAGUCGUGGCUUUUCUACACAAGUAGAAAGAAUUUUUCAGGAGUCUGUAUAUAAGACACAACAAACUAUAUGGAGAGAGACAAGGAAUUUGGCACAAAGACAAUUUAUUGCCUGAGAUGAAAC